UUCUACAUCAUAGCCAUAGCUGUAGUCAUGUUUUUACUUAAUCUAACCUACAAUCAUAAUGUCGAUUCGAAUUUGCUGGGCAAUGAGGAUGAUGUGUAUUUUCUAAAUCAUCUGCAUUCGCAUGUGCCGGGCAUGAAAGGCUAUUUGGUGUGGAGUGAAUUUUGUAAAAUGCCAAAUUUGGAUCCCUAUUUACCGGAUGUAAUGGCAAAUUUUCAUCGUCAAAAAUACAAACCCUGCAAGCUAUUGGAUCCGUUGACCAAAAUUGAGUUCAACACCACCAGCCAACGUUAUAGCCUGCGCAUAGAUACGGAUGUGAUACCGGGCUAUAGUAAAACUGGCAAGGUUGAUUGCUGCUAUCAGUCGAUUCUACGCAAUGAAACUGGCGCCAAGGCAGAUAGUGUUAUUAGGUUUUCAGAAUGCAUGGGAUUUGUGGAGAAAACCUCAUUGGAUCCCUCCAUCGAUAAUAUUCUAGUUAAAUGCCGUUCCGGCAAUCGACAGGUCUAUGUUAAUGGCCACGCCAUGAUGCCGGAACGCAAAGAGAUACGUGAACGUUUGAAUAUGUGGCGUAAAUAUGACGAAGAUUCAAAUGCCGAAGAUAAACCUCCCAGUGUUCUAAUGAUCGGUAUUGACAGCAUCUCCCGGGUGAAUUUAAUACGUGCCAUGCCCAAGACAGCAAGAUAUCUAUACGAGAACGAAUGGUAUGAAAUGAGCGGAUUUAAUAAGAUUGAUGACAACACCUUCCCCAAUUUAAUGGCCGUGCUGACGGGCAUGAAUCGCACCCGAGCCAUACAGAAAUGUUCACCCUACAAAUUGAAUGCUUUGGAUCAGUGCGAUUUUAUAUGGAAGACCUUUCGUGAGCAUGGUUAUGUGACAGCAUAUGCUGAGGAUGAAGCCUCCAUUAAUACAUUUAAUUAUUUGAAGGUGGGAUUUGUUGAACCUCCGGUGGAUUACUAUCUAAGACCCUUUCUCUUGGGUGCAGAGAAACAUUUGGAAACACGCACAAAAUCCGGCUUGAUUAGCUGUCUGGGUUACAAACAUGCUGCCGAUCAUGUCUAUGAUUAUGCCGUGGAAUUGGCCAGGCGUUAUAAAAACGACACCUUUUUCGGUUUGUUUUGGGCCAAUACCUUCAGUCAUAAUGACAUCAGUGACUGUACCUCCAUGGAUGAGCAUAUUCGGGAAUAUUUGAAAAAGUUCAAAGAUAUGGGCACCCUGGAGAACACCAUUGUGAUAUUUUUCAGUGAUCAUGGUAUGCGUUUUGGACCUAUACGGAAAACCUAUUCGGGUCAUUUGGAGGAACGUUUGCCAUUUGUGUUCCUGUGGUUGCCACCACGGCUGCGUCAGAAAUAUCCCAGUUUCGUAAAUGCCCUGAAUGCGAAUAAGAAUCGCCUAACGAAUCCCUAUGAUACCCAUAUGACGCUGAAACAUAUUUUGGAAAUGACGGGACGUGUUAAGGAUCCUGCAAAAUUGGCCCCCGCCGAUGCAUGUCCAAAGUGUCAGUCGUUGUUACGGCCAGUGCCCCAUAAUCGCUCCUGCCAAGAUGCUGCCAUUGAACCGCAUUGGUGUACAUGUCUGCUAUAUGAGAAUAUCUACAAGAAUUCCAAAACGGUAUUGGAUCUGUCACAUCUACUUAUCGGUUAUAUCAAUGAUUUUGUGGCCACCUUCCGCAAUAGAACCUAUGCCAAAUUGUGUGUACCUUUGAAAUUCGAUAGUGUGGAUAGUGCGUAUCGCACUACCCAAUUGGAGACUCAAGACAAUGGCACCACAAAAACGGUGGACAUUUAUCGAAUUACCUUCUAUACGAAACCGAAUAAAGGUCUAUUUGAGGCCACUGCCAUAUAUGAUCCCAUCACAGGGUAUAUGGAGGUCACAGGCGAGAUAAGCCGCCUCAACACCUAUGCCAGUGAUUCGGAUUGUGUUUCCGAUGGUGGGGCAAAGAAAUAUUGUUCGUGUCGCAAAAAGAUUUUCUAGCAUAAGGUAACGUCGUUACACAAGGUCUUGGUGCGUUU